GCGUGAGUUAUACACGCAGCUAGUCGUGUGGGCAACAGUCUGCGAUCUCAGGAUCACCCGAACGGUAAGCAUCUGUAGAUCUUAUUCUUUACCGUGUACAGUUCAUUAGCUAGCUGAGAAUGAAGUUCAGCUGACAUGAUGGAAACGCACUGGACAAUCACUUUAUAUAACAUUUGACUAGAAGAUAGAUGUAACGUCGCAUGUAAGUCAAACGAUGGAUUAUGUGAGAUCCUGUAACAUCUAAACCUGUAUUGUGUCAUAACAUUGCCAUUCGCUGAAGAUGAUCACGAAGAUGGAGGACGUUUACAGAGACAGAAUAAAUGAAUGGGAUCUAGUGUAGCCAUGAAACAAGGGACUCGAGUAGCACAACAAGGUACUCGCCGACACACAGAGCAGGGCACAACACGGAUGCUGAUGUUGUACCCUAGACGAGGACCUGGUGCUGCUGUCGGUAUCUACGUUACCCUGCUACUAACAACGACAUCACUGUUACAGACGGCCGCGAUCCCAGCUCCCGUUUCGGACCGCCUGACGACAUACACACACGGCGAGAAUAUAUGUUUGAAGUGUAAACCUGGGACAUUCCUCCACAGCCACUGUUCAAGGAACUUUACUUUUUCUGUGUGUCAUCGAUGUCCGCCUCAACACUUCCAGACUUACCAUACUCAGGCCACGCGCUGUGCACCCUGCCACGCCCAUUGCCUCCAUGACCGGAACAUGGUGCAAGUCCAGGGCUGCUCGGCCACCCAUGACAUGCUCUGUGAGUGCAGGGAGGGAUACUUUGAACAAAAACAGGGGGUCGGGUAUGCAGAGAUACGUCACUGCUCCACAUACACGCCCUGCCAACCUGGACAGGUUGUAGUGAAAAAAGGGACAAAGGUGUCUGACCAGGAGUGUGGACACUGUGCUUCCGGGUUUUAUUUCCAGGGAGGUAACUGUAAACAGUGCACGUUAUGCAGCGACAACUCCACAGUUCUGAAGCACUGCAGUCACAACGAAAACACCAUAUGUUCCGAGCUGGACGUGGUACAUGUCGAGGAUGAAGUUGGUAUUCUUCCAAAGCAUGAUGACCGUCACAAAGCGACCAAUAAUCUAUCAGUGCUAAUACCUACUGGCGUGCUGGUUUGUGUUUUCGUCAGCGUAUUAGCAGCACUGUGCUUUCUUUGUAGGAGGCGUCGAAGAAACAUUUAUUCCUCAAAUAGUGCGCUGCCCUUGUUGGGGGUUUCAUCUCCACAAGCAACUACGAGAGUGCCCACACCAACAGCUAAUAGUGGGACCACGACACAAGCUAUAGGUUUAAGGAGAAGGUCAUCCUUAAUUCCACUACAGACAUCUCGGAGAUCCAGCAUCUAUUUAGGACUUAAAGAGCCAACUUCCUGGACUGAACCAAUUUUCAAGAUUUUAUGUACCCACCUAACUGGAAAUUGGAAAAUGUUUAUGCGACAUUUACCAGGUGACGAAGAAUACAAAUCAUCAGUUGACGCUCGGUGUGAGCAGAUUUGUGAUGAGGUCAGAAACAACGUCCCGGAACAAAUCUACACUGCUCUCAGAGAGUGGACGCAAGCAUGUGUGUGGCCAAAUGUUUCUGUGGAGAGCGUUCUAGCUUCAUUGGAGUCGAUGCAAGAUACUGAGGACUUGUGGAAAAGGGUGUCAGAUGCAGCCAUGAGGCUGAAUGAAACAAUCCCAGAAGAAAACAAAACAGCGUAGAGUUACAGCAAAUAUAUAUUAAAUGAACUUGUGAUUUCAGGAUUCAUUAAAUUAAUUUGUCGAUGACCGGCUGAAUUGUUGUAAUGGUCUGUCCGUUGGUCCCUUCACUCAUUCAGGAUGCUGUAAUUUCCUUACCAAACAAACAGUAAACAUCACAUUGAUCAUC